AAAUUGGCGGGAGGCGGAGAAGAUGUCACUUAACUUGUGUGGUGAAGAUUUCUUUCUGGAAGAGAAUAAAUUCAAGCAAUAUUGUGCAGAAUUUAUCAAACACUCACAACAAGUAGGAGACAAUUGGCAGUGGAGAAUUGUAAAGGACUCUGUUGAUGAUGGCUAUAUGACUAAAACACACUUUCAAGUGAAAGGUGGAAGUGUCGCAGCAGACAUAGAGGAUAUGGCUAGUGAGUGUGAUGAAAUAACAUUUGCACAUAUUGGGGAAUGUCUAGAUGACUCUCAAGUGGCUGGAAACUCUGCAGCAUCUGAAGUGAUUCGCUAUGAAUAUCAUGUUUUGUACUCCUGCAGCUAUCAAGCUCCUGUACUUUAUUUUAGGGCAUGUUUUUUAGAUGGAAGGCCUUUAACUCUGGAUGAAAUAUGGAAAGGUGUACAUGAAUGCUACAGGGAGCAGCUCUGGCAGGGCCCCUGGGAUACCAUUACACAACAGGAGCAUCCAUUGCUUGGACAGCCUUUCUUUGUUCUUCAUCCUUGUCGGACAAAUGAAUUUAUGUCUGCGGUGUUAUCCAGUUCAUAUAAACAAAGCAGGAAUACAAACUAUAUUAUUUCAUGGCUGAGUAUCGUAGGCCCAAUGGUGGGUCUCAAUCUGCCUCUGAGUUAUGCAAAAGCCAAUUCUGAGCAGACUACAAGUGCUGACUAAAGAGAUUCUGAACAAGAGCAUGGGUAGUGGCGAAGCAUGAAGAUGUCCCACCAGUCAUGUAGCACAGCUCAGACAGGAAACUGAGGAUAACAUCAACAUCACCACAAGAAGCCUAAGUAGAGGCUAUGGUUCAUUAACAUUCAUGUGUUAAUUAUAACCAAGUCUUAGGAAGCAAUUCUAAUUGCAACAAGUAUGAUACAUGGUCUUGGCAGGAAAGAAAUGUCUGUUCUCUUUUCCCAAACUUGAUACAGUAACUGUUUGGGGGUAACUUAUUUCUGAAGUAAUUCACAAAGUAUAUCCACAAAAAGACAACAUUGGUGAUUGUCAAAGGAAUUUAAACUUUCUACCUACCUUAGCUUCUGUUGUGGUUUCAGCUGCUCCUAGGAAAAGGGAUUAUUUUGUAGGAAAUGGUUCCCUUGCUGCUGUUUUGCCUUGGCUUAGACCCAUUAGCAACAUUUAUAAGUUACAAA